UAAAAGAGAAGAAAGUCGUCCUCUCAAUCAAAAUUUGUCAACAACAGGUUUUACCGCAGCCGAAAAGUUACCGCCGAGGAAAAUAUUUGAAGAAGUAAACCGACCAAUUUCCUAGAAAGCCAUCAGUCAACGGUGACGAAGAUAACUUUCGGCAGUAGUAAAGUAUCCGCUAAUGCUGUAGGAGAAAAUCUAAAGCUUCCUCUCGUUAAUACAUAACUUAAUACUAUUAAUUUUGGAUAGCGCAAUCUCAUUCGUCGAGGAACCUCAAUUCAAUCGAAUUAAAUCGUGCCGGAAAAGAUGAAGAUCACUGUCAUGACCACCGACGAGCAAAUCGUCACGCUAGAAGUCGAUCGCGACGAAUCGGUUGAGAACUUGAAAGCUCUGCUUGAAGUUGAGACUCAGGUGCCGCUGCAGCAACAACAAUUGCUACAUAAUGGAAAGGAAAUGAGGAAUUCUGAGAAAUUGAGUGCUCUCUCUAUUGCUGAUGGAGAUUUGGUUAUGAUGGUUCCGAACGCCACGCAGUCUUCUGGUUCAAGAGCUGGGGCACCUUCAAGCGAAGCUGUGGGCUUCAAUCCCGAUGGAUCCGCUGUAAAUCCCUCAGCUUUCCAACAGCAAUUGCGCAGUGAUUCAAAUUUGAUGGCACAACUGUUUCAGAGGGAUCCGGAGUUAGCACAAGCUAUACUUGGAAAUGAUCUCAACAGGUUACAAGAUAUUUUGCGUGCACGUCAUCGCCAGAAAUCUGAAUUAAGGCGUCAACAAGAAGAGGAGAUGGCGUUACUUUAUGCAGAUCCAUUUGAUGUGGAGGCACAAAAGAAAAUAGAAGCCUCUAUUCGCCAGAAAGGCAUUGAUGAGAACUGGGCUGCAGCCUUGGAAUACAAUCCUGAGGCAUUUGCAAGAGUGGUAAUGUUGUAUGUUGACAUGGAAGUUAAUGGUGUUCCAUUGAAGGCUUUUGUUGACAGUGGAGCUCAGUCAACAAUUAUAUCUAAAGGCUGUGCUGAACGUUUGGGAUUGUUGAGGCUUUUAGAUACUCGCUACAAGGGUAUUGCCCAUGGAGUUGGGCAGUCUGAGAUUUUGGGUCGGAUACAUGUUGCUCCUAUCAAGAUUGGAAGCAUAUUCUACCCUUGUUCCUUUAUGGUGUUGGAUGCACCCAACAUGGAAUUUCUCUUUGGCCUGGAUAUGCUUCGCAAGCACCAAUGCAUUAUUGAUCUAAAGGAGAAUGUAUUGAGAGUCGGUGGAGGAGAGGUUUCUGUACCUUUCCUAGCAGAGAAGGACAUUCCAUCACAGUUUCUCGAUGAAGAGAGGUAUGCGAAGGAAGCUUCUAGCUCAGGAGCACAAGCAACAUCAGCAACUAGAGAGAACAUCAAUACACCAAGUGGACCUUCUGGAAGUAUCGGCAACAAUGCUUCCCAAGGAGCUGAGUUUGAAGCUAAAGUUGCGAAGCUAGUCGAACUCGGGUUUGGAAGAGAACAGGUAAUCCAGGCUCUGAAGCUUUUCGAUGGCAACGAAGAGCAAGCUGCUGGAUUUCUUUUUGGGUGAAGGGGAUGCCCUUGUACACUAUAAUGGGUUUGUCAGCAACUGCAAAGAAAAAUCUUGGUCUUGUGUGAGUUGGAAUAUUUAUAGAAACAUUGGAUUUUAAGGAAUGGGUUGCUUCAUUCCAAACGGAAUUGGGCGUUAUUCAUGUAUUCGUUCAACAUACAUUUAUGGAUUAUUCUUUAAUUAUUCGACAGAAGAAACUUUUACCCCUU